AUGAAUAAGGAAGCACACUGUUGGAUCGACAAACUUGGUCUUCUCCCACACAGAGAAGGUGGCUUCUUCAAGGAGGUGCUGCGCUCGAACGAUGUGGUGGAAACAGACAGGGGUAGUCGUGCCUACUACACGAGCAUUUACUUCCUGCUGACGCAUGGUGGCCCCUCCCACUUUCACAGCAUCCAGUCGGAUGAGGUGUGGUACUACCACGCAGGGGCGCCGCUGACGGUGCACAUUCUGCACCCAAACGGCGGGUACGAGGCAAUCAAAGUGGGUCCAAACGCCGACAAGGGUGAGGUGCUGCAGGCUGUUGUUCCAAAGGGCCGCAUAUUUGGGUCGAGUGUGGAGACGGAGGGAGGUUACUCAGUGGCCAGCUGCAUGUGCUCACCUGGCUUUGAUUACGCCGAUUUUAAGCUCUACACGAAGGACGAGCUGUUGCCGCUCUUCCCCAAUGCAAAGAACGUUAUCGAACAACUCGCGUAUGAUAAGAUCCCUCAGUAG